GUGACCCUUCUGCGCGUGGCACACCAUGUCGACAUUACAACAGAAGAAAGGAGGUUCAAUUUACAACGCCCCAAGUUUUUUGCUUAACGAACAAGGCGAGAGACAACCAUCUCUCAACUUUUAAAACAACUCUGUGGACAUUGCCUCGAUAUCUAAACCGGAAGUUCGGAUUACCGGCCGUGAAAAAUGAGGCCACCGGCGAAUUCCAUCAACGUCAACGCCGCCAUGACUCGGAAGAUCAACGUCGACAAUCGAAUCCCCCUCCGCAAUUAUUAUCGAAUAGCCGAUAACCUACUCAAACAGGCAAGUAUUUAUCGGGAGGAGAAAAAUAUCAUAGAUUUGUAUAUAAUACUUCUUAGAUAUUCAAGUUUGGUUUCUGAAACCAUACCGUUUCAUCGAGAUUACCAGGCUUUGUAUCCGAAGGAAAGAUUAUAUUACAAGAAGAAAUUGUUAUCAGUAAUAGAUGAACUAGAGUCAUUACAGCCAGAAUUCCGGCAUCAAUUGGGGGAACUAGAAAAAGUUCAUGCUGGAAAUCAACAAUACCUAGAUGAUGGCUUGGAUAGAACUCCUUAUGGGUCAGAGUUAUCUUGUUUGCAGUGGCCUGCUGUCAAUAAUAAAGCUUCUCUUGGAGCUUCUUUGGGCUUUGAUAGUAAGCAGCUGCAGUCAGCCAGCAGGGAAUCUUUGUUUUCAUGGAAUCAGAACAGCAACUGUACUCAAGUAAUACCAUCAAAUUCCAUUGACAUGCAGUUCCAGAAGCUAUCUCUUAGUUUACCUCUUCCGAAAAAGGAAACGUUGUCCAGACACUCUCUUUUAGGUCCAAAUGGUCUUCGGGGUCAGUGGAUGGGACCCAGCACAGAACUAAAGGUUCACUAUCCUACCACUACUGAAUUAACUGCAAAUGAAAAGUCAAGCAUGAAUGAGGCUGCACAAAAUGACAUUUUGGCAGUAAGAGGUGCCAAUUCCGAACUAGAUAGAUCUGUCAUGGACUCGGUGCUUUCCUUAGAUGAUGGUAGAUGGUCAUGGGAUGCAAGGAAGGAUCAUUUUCAAUUGGGCAAUAUCCGGCAGCCUUCUCCCCCUCCUGUUCUCGCUCAAGUGCAGCAAGAGUAUGCUUCAAUUCCUCCAUCAAAAGUUGCAGAUCCGAGACCUGGACCAGCGAAACCUUUACAGGAUGGGACACCCCGUUCUAAUUCCUACCAGCAUUUACAUCUUCCAGUAAAGAUGAUGGAAGAUUUUUUGAGAUUGGCCCAACAAAACACUGCAAAAAAUCUAGAAACAUGUGGUGUUCUUGCUGGUUCACUGAAAAACAGGGUGUUCCACAUCAGUAUGCUCAUAAUCCCAAAGCAGGAGUCAACCUCAGACUCAUGUCAGACAUUGAAUGAAGAAGAAAUCUUUGAGGUUCAAGACAAGUUUUCACUUUUCCAGCUUGGAUGGAUUCAUACGCACCCAUCACAAACCUGUUUUAUGUCGUCAGUUGAUCUGCACACUCAUUACUCGUAUCAGAUCAUGUUACCAGAAGCAAUCGCAAUUGUGAUGGCUCCUAAAGACACAGCCAGUCAACAUGGCAUAUUUCACCUCUCUGAUCCUAGUGGGGUUUCUGUUAUUCGAAACUGUCAAGAGCGUGGAUUUCACCCUCAUGAGGAGCCUGAAGAUGGAAAUCCAAUCUAUGAACACUCUUCACAUGUUUAUAUGAACGAGAAUUUGAAGUUUGACGUAGUAGAUCUCCGGUGAGCUCAUGUUUCCGUAAACAUUAUUAGUGUAUUUUUAUCAGAUGGAGAAAUACAUGAGUAAGACCAAUUGUAAACUCUUUUUCCAGCCCACAACUCUUGUGAUGUAAAGUAAAUUCCUUCUUCACUGCGGCUUGUGAAAUAGUUGGACCGAGGGAAAGAGAGAAAUUGUUUGAAUAUAUGAUACGUUAGGUGGUGUGGAUAGUCGGGUUUUGACUUUUUGUAUUCUCACCCGAGG